UGAAUGACCAACCACCAACUCGAACAUCAGCAGCAGCAGCCGCAGCAGCAGGCGAUAGCCAUUACUAUUCGGGACACAUGCACCACGGCUGAAGGAGUCACGGGCGAGCGGAAAGUGAAGCUAGUCGUUAACCGUACCACAACCCCGGCGCUCGUGCCGUCUUUCGCGAAUCGAACUCUUCCCGCCGUGCCAUCAAUGUCACCGCCAUCAAGCGUGACACCGGCGGGCCCAGUGCCGAAUUCGCCGCACAGUAUGGCCCAGCACACCACCCUCUCCGACCAGCCACACCAACCGAAACCUCAUCAGCACUACCAACAGCAUCAGCAGCACCAGCAGCACCAGCAGCAGCAACAGCACGACCUGUUCAUGAUCGCGAGCAUUUUCCUUGGCUCGUUCAUCCUCGCGUUUGCGAUCGUCUACUUCGUACGGAAGUUCUUUCAGGGGGGUCAGUUCAAGAAUAAAGACAUCCGGCUGGAUGCGAAGGUCGUCAUCAUCACGGGAGCGAAUGCCGGCAUCGGCAAGGAGGCAGCUAUCGAAUGUGCCAAGCGGGGGGCGCGAGUCUACAUGGGCUGCCGCGAUGCGGCCCGGAUGGAGAAGGCCCGCCAGGAGAUACUGGACAAGUCGGGCAGCCAGAACGUGUUCGGGCUGGACCUGGACCUGGCGUCGUUCGAUUCGAUCCGCGGCUUCGUGAAGACGUUCCUCAGCAUGGAGCGCCGGUUGCACGUGCUAAUCAACAACGCGGGCGUGAUGGCCUGCCCCAAGACCUACACGAAGGAGGGUUUCGAGAUGCACUUCGGCACCAACCACUUGGGCCACUUUCUGCUCACGAACCUACUGCUGGACGUGCUGCGGCGGACGGCGCCGAGCCGGAUCGUGACGGUCUCUAGUCUCGGCCACAAGUGGGGCCGCCUGAACCGGGACGACUUCAACGCCGAGAAGGAGUACCGCGAGUGGGACGCGUACGCUCAAAGCAAGCUGUGCAACAUUCUUUUCUCGCGCCACCUAGCCAAGCGGUUGCGGGGCACGGGGGUCAACACGUACGCGCUCCAUCCUGGCGCCAUCAACACGGAGCUGAUGCGUCACCUGAACCCGUGCCUAAGAACCAUGGCAAAGCCCGUGUUCUGGGUGUUCUUCAAAACGCCCAAGUCUGGCGCCCAGACCACGCUGUACUGCGCGAUGGAGCCGACGAUCGCUUCCCAGACCGGGCUCUACUACAGUGACUGCCGGCUCAAGGAACCGGAACCGCACGCGAAGGACGACUCGAUGGCCGAAUGGCUGUGGAACCUGAGCGAACGGCUCACCGGUUUAUCGCACUGAUCACCAGGCUCGGACUUGCACUGUGGUGCUACUGGUGCUGUUGCCGUUCACUAAGUUUACUCAUUCUUGCUUACGCUAAU